AUGGCUGCUCCUACCGAUCAGACCGUGUACCGGGCGACCACCACGGCCCCCGUCAACAUCGCCGUUAUCAAAUACUGGGGCAAGAGGGAUACGACUCUGAACCUGCCCACGAACUCGUCUCUCUCCGUUACUCUGUCGCAGCGCUCGUUGCGCACCCUCACCACCGCCUCCUGUGCGGGCAAAUACCCCUCCGCCGACGAACUCAUCCUCAACGGCAAGCCCCAAGACAUCCAGUCCUCGAAACGCACGCUCGCCUGUCUGUCCAACCUCCGCGCCCUGCGUCGGUCUCUCGAGAAUGCAGACUCCUCUUUGCCCAAGCUGUCCGCCUUCCCCCUGCGCAUCGUCUCGGAGAACAACUUCCCCACCGCUGCCGGUCUGGCCAGCUCCGCUGCAGGCUUCGCCGCUCUCGUCCGUGCCGUCGCCGACCUCUACCAGCUCCCGCAGUCCCCGCGUGACCUCAGCCGCAUCGCCCGCCAGGGCUCCGGCUCCGCCUGCCGCUCCCUGAUGGGCGGCUACGUCGCCUGGCGCGAAGGCACCGAGGCCGACGGAAGCGACAGUCUGGCCGAGGAGGUGGCGCCGGCGUCGCACUGGCCCGAGAUGCGCGCCGUCGUCCUGGUCGUCAGCGCGGAUAAAAAGGACGUCCCCAGCACCCAGGGCAUGCAGACGACCGUGGCGACGUCGAACUUGUUCGCGACGCGCGCUACGACCGUCGUCGCCGAGCGCAUGGCCGCCAUCGAGACGGCCAUCCAGAACCGUGACUUCCCCACCUUCGCGGAGAUCACCAUGCGCGACUCCAAUGGCUUCCACGCUACCUGCCUGGACUCGUGGCCGCCCAUCUUCUACAUGAACGAUGUGUCCCGCGCCGCGGUGCGUCUCGUCCACGACAUCAACGAGGCUGUCGGCCACACCGUCUGCGCUUACACCUUCGAUGCGGGCCCCAAUGCCGUCAUCUACUACGAGGAGAAGGACACCGAGCUGGUGGCCGGCACGGUCAAGGCCAUCCUGGGCGAGAACGUCGAAGGUUGGAGCGGUCCGUUCCACGAAGCCGUCAAGAACGUCUCGGGCCCCGGUGUCGCCCUCGACAAGGUCGACCCGCGUGCCGUCGAGGUUCUCAAGGGCGGCGUCAGCCGUGUGAUCCUGACCGGCGUGGGCGAGGGCCCUAUCAGCGUCGAGGAGCACCUGGUCAGCGAGUCCGGGGAUGUCCUGUCUCAUUAG